AUGAUAAGUCGUGAUUUUACACGUGGCUAUGGACCAGAAGAGUAUCUGAUUCGAAAAGCAGUCAAAGGUACAUAUAUAGUCCGAGCAAAAUAUUUUGCUAAUCAUCAACAAAGUCUAACUGGUGCAACGACAAUAAUGGUGCACAUUUAUAAGUAUUAUGGUCAAUCGAAUCAACAAAAAGAAAUUGUUUCACUACGAUUGGAUAGCAACAAGAAAAUGAUUGAUGUAUGCCAAGUGGAAUUUGAUGAUAAUGUCAAACGAAAAUCACAAAAUAUAAAAACUCAUGGUCAAAAUUCGAAUACGAAUAUUCAUCAAAAUAUUACUUGUGAUGGAUGUGAUAUAUCACCAAUAAAAGGUAUUCGUUAUAAAUGUUUAUUUUGUCCAGAUAUUGACUUCUGUCAAUCAUGUCAUUCGGCUAGUAGAGCAUAUAAUGAUUUGAAUAAUUCAUACAAUCAUCCAUUGUUAUGUAUUAAAGAUUCAAAUGAAUAUAGGGUCACUUUUCUUACAGGAUCGCAGUAA